GUAAUCUACGUUUGUUUAGUAUUUCUACAUUUACUCAACACGUAAACAAUUUUUUUCGUUUUUUUUUUUGUUUGCAAAAAGCCAAGCGUUUGCUUAAACAUAUGCCGACAUAGUUAACCAAGAGCAACAAUAACAAAAUAUGAUACACAGCCUGUUCAUAGUUAAUAACAGCGGCGAAGUCUUUUUAGAGAAGCAUUGGCGUUCCGUUGUCUCUCGCUCCGUUUGCGAAUACUUUCUCGAUGCACAGCGUGCCGCUCCCUACGAUGUGCCGCCCGUUAUUGCCACGCCCCACUACUAUCUGAUCACUGUACAGCGGGAUAGCGUCUCCUUGGUCGCUGCCUGCAAGCAGGAGGUGCCACCUUUGUUUGUCAUCGAAUUUCUGCAUCGUGUGGUGGACACCUUCCAGGACUAUUUCAGCGAUUGCUCCGAGUCUGUGAUCAAGGAUAACUAUGUGGUUGUCUAUGAGCUGCUCGACGAGAUGCUUGACAAUGGCUUCCCCCUGGCCACCGAGAGCAACAUACUCAAGGAGCUGAUUAAGCCACCGAACAUAUUAAGAACCAUUGCAAAUACAGUCACCGGCAAGAGCAACGUCAGCACUAUUUUGCCAUCCGGUCAGCUGUCGGCCAUACCCUGGCGCCGCAGCGGCGUGCGGUAUACCAACAACGAGGCCUACUUUGAUGUCAUCGAGGAGGUGGAUGCAAUCAUUGACAAAUCCGGCUCAACGGUCUUCUCUGAGAUACAGGGACACAUUGACUGUUGCAUCAAGCUGUCGGGCAUGCCGGACCUAACGCUCUCCUUUAUGAAUCCGCGUCUCUUUGACGAUGUCUCAUUUCAUCCUUGCGUACGCUUCAAGCGCUGGGAGGCCGAGCGUCUGCUCUCCUUCAUACCGCCCGAUGGCAAUUUCCGUCUAAUGUCCUAUCAUAUUAGCUCGCAAUCGGUUGUGGCUAUACCCAUCUAUAUACGGCACAAUUUCUCAAUAAAGACGGGCGAGCAGGGGCGUUUGGAUCUCACAAUCGGGCCACGCAACACACUUGGACGGACCGUGGACAAGGUGAAGCUGGAGCUAACGAUGCCCAGGUGUGUGCUGAACUGCCUGCUAACACCCAAUCAGGGCAAAUACACAUUCGAUUCGGUGAGCAAAACGCUUGCCUGGGAUGUCGGACGCAUCGAUGUGUCGAAGCUGCCCAACAUACGAGGAUCGGUCUCAUUAACACCUGGCACACCGAACAUCGAUGCCAAUCCCUCCAUCAAUGUGCAAUUCCAAAUCUCUCAGCUCGCUGUAUCCGGUUUGAAGGUGAAUCGAUUGGACAUGUACGGCGAGAAAUACAAGCCCUUCAAGGGCGUCAAAUACUUAACCAAAGCGGGCAAAUUCCAGGUGCGCAUGUAGCUGCACGCUCCACAUGCUACACAUGCCACGCCCAGCCCACACGCCCCCUCUACUCAGCUUUAAUUAAGUGUAAAACAAAUCGAAGGAAACUCAAAUGUAUUGUGCUGCUCUUUCUAUUUUUUUUUUUUUUUUUUUUUUUUGCUAUGCCAUCAUAAUAGAAUAGGGAAAAAGAUCAUGAAAAAGAAUAGGAAAAGCCCGCGUGUUUAUUGUAUUCAUCCCAAUUCGUGCUUAUCUCUGUGCUAGUUUUAUUUUACAAUCUCUCUCUGUACUUGAGCAGCCCAAGCGAAACUAUCCUAUGCAGCUCAUUAGAGGGUAUAUUAAUGCUAAAAAUAAGAAACUAAAGUGCAUUGUAUUAAACAUUAUUUUAUCAUUCUUUUACAAACUAAGUUCUUGAUAAGCCCUUUGUUUUUGUUUUUUUUUCUUCUUUUUUUUUUUAAAUAUCAUUCCUUUGCUUGCCUUAUAAAUAAUAAUAUUUGACUAUUAUGUGUACACUUAUAGCAAGGGUCAAUGAAUAAAGAUGUUCCGUGAAAUUUA